UGUCUCUCUCUGCCUGGCUCGCUCGGAACAGAAUGUGGGAUGCGGGGAUGUGGCGAAGUCACGUCUUUCACCGGAAGACACGUCGCAGUACAGAUUCACGGGAAGGCACGCUUGCGCGUCUGGUGAAAUUUGAGGUGCCGCAGCGUUGACCAGUGAACUGACAGCUGCUGUGCGUAAUCACGCGCGGUGAAGAAUUGUCAUCUGGGUCCGGUUACAGCUGCAGUGGGAGAACCUGACAAACAGGUCGUGGGACCGCCUAUAAAGCACCAAACCACACGCAUAUAAAGGCGCACCCGUCUCCCCGCAAAAUUGGAGAGAACGAGAAGGGCAUAAACACUCCUCAAAGGGAAACACUCAAGGACCGUGCCCGGCUACCAGCGCGCCUCGCCUGAUUUACGGGACAGCCAAUCCCCGCAGCAGCAUCGCAGACAAGCAGCCGCUUCUUUAAGCCGAUCAGCCCUGAACUAAAGCAGGACACUCACAGAGGAGCAUAAACGAGACAGAGAGCAGACACUCGGGUCUUCUUCUUUCACUUCUGUUCCCGGAGAAAGGAAAUUCGCCGCGAUGAUGAUGCAGCUGCCAGAAACCCCCAACAAGAAGAACUCCCUCUUCAACGCCAUGAACCGCUUUAUCGGCGCCGUGAACAACAUGGACCAGACCAUCAUGGUGCCCAGCCUGCUGCGGGACGUCCCGCUGGACGAGGAGAGGGAGAUGAGCUCCCUGAAAUCGGACGAGGACGAGGGGGACAUGUACAGCUACUACCAGCUGCUCAAGUCCAUCCGCAGUGACAUCGAGUGGGGGGUCCGCCGCGCCGCAGCCGACGAGAGGCGCAAGGAGAGCAUGAAGAUCACCCGCACCAACUCGAUCGCCUCCACCUCCUCCUCCGCCUCGUCGUCGUCGUCAUCGUCCGAGGAGGACGAAGAGGAGGACGAGGAUUUGGAGAAGCAGUUCCAGUAUCAUCUGACCGGGCUGCAGGCGGUGCUGUCCAAGCUCACGCAGCAGGCCAACUCUCUCACCUCGCGCUACAAACAGGAGAUCGGCAUUGGAGGAUGGGGCCAGUAGGGUCGGAGCCCGCAGAAAAUGAAAGCCCGGAUUUUUCUCUCCGGGAAUGGCUAAACUGACUUGUCAAUAGGCCUUCUAGCUGCUGCUCUGACUACUGGUGACAUUUAUGGACAAACAUUUGAAUGGUAGAGAAAAGAGGCAGCUUAUUUCUGUCUAUAGGCCUAAAUGGUGUUGGUCUGCUCUGUGGUAUUGACCGUAGAUGUGUUGAUCUCGAAGAAGGCAUCUGUGUACUUAACACCAAACCUAUACGUUUUGCACUCCAAAGUGUUGUACACAUCCUGCGUUCGGUUCCUGCGAUACACAGAUGAAGCGUAUUUAAACCUCUAUUUAAUGUUUAAUUUAUUACCUCACACUGUAUGUUUCAGAAGCCAAGUGUUAUUUCAAAGUUGACGUGGAGUACAGGACCUGUCAUUUGAACUGCCCCCUCUCGGGGGGGGAUGCCGACAAAAGAUUUUGCUUCCUGCCUGUGAAGCGGAUGAUGUUAGUGUGUUCAGAUGUAUCUGUCUGCGUAUGACCGGCACUCCUUCACGUCGAAAGUGUCUGUGUCUUUAAAUUGUGCUUUGUACGGAAGGAGGCAGAUGCUCGCUGCAGCUGCCUGUGAUCUCCCAAUGUCCUACAUGGUCAAUGAACUGGAAUCAACUGAUAAUUCUCCUGCAUAGAGAAUAAUGAAGGUUUCCACGAGAUGCAUUGUCGCUAUUGUCAUUUAUGUGCUAUUACUGAGGUAUUACUGGAGAUGUCCAUCUGUCAAAAUAAGCAGAUGCUUUUGUAUGCACCUUCUGCACCAUUUUAUAUGUGUUUUUAAAAUAAAACUUUUAUAUAAAUGUA